AUGGAGCCACUCUUAGAUCCACUACGUGACAGGGCGGUUCAAGAUCUUACGCCACCUCCUCAUAGAGCUCUGGACAGAGUAAAGCUUUAUCCUAGAGGAAUUGCGAACCCUCCUGAUUGGAUAGUCCUGAGAGACCACUUGCAAGCUGAAGGUAGAAUUGCAAAGCAAGAUUGUUUAUUACUGAUAAGACAAGCCUCUGACCUAUUAAGGAGGGAGAGAAAUUUAUUAGAGUUGAAAGACCCAGUAUCUGUAGUAGGGGAUAUUCAUGGCCAGUAUUAUGACUUAUUAAGGCUGCUUGAGCUGGGUGGAGAUCCGAAUCGAACAAAGUAUUUAUUAUUUUUCUCUUAAAUUAAUUAAAGCUUUUUAUAUCUAAAUAGCCAUUUUAACUAUAAAAUAAACCAAUUUUAAUGGUAAAUUUAUCAGUAUUAGUAUAUUUUUAGGAGAUUAUGUAGAUAGAGGCUCUUUUUCUAUAGAAGUCACCCUCCUCUUAUACGCAGUCAAGCUUAACUUUCCUCAAACAGUUUUUAUGCUGCGAGGAAACCACGAAUGCCGACAGAUGACAUCUUUUUUUAACUUCCGUGAAGAAACGCUUUAUAAAUACGAUACAGAGGUAUAUGACGCUAUAAUGGAGAGCUUUGACGCCUUACCUUUAGCUUGUAUAGUGAAUAAUAAGUUUAUCGCUCUUCACGGAGGCAUUUCCCCUGAACUGUUGACCUUAGAAGACAUUUCCAGGCUCAGCCGCUUCCAAGAGCCUCCACGGCAAGGCCUUUUUUGCGAUAUUUUAUGAAGUGACCCAGUAGACAGUGAAACAGGAAGCUGCCCAGAAAAAUACAGAGUCAACACAGUCAGAGGCUGUAGCUUUUAUUUCGGGCUAUCAGCCGCAAAUGGAUUUCUAAAAAAAAAUCGGCUGCUUUCAAUCCUAAGAGCCCACGAAGCACAGCUAGAUGGGUACAAAAUGCACAGAUGAAGCGGGACUUCAGAGUUCCCUUGUGUGAUUACAGUAUUUUCAGCACCAAAUUACUGCGACGUUUACAACAAUAAAGGCGCAAUUUUGAAGUUCGAUAACAAUACCCUCAAUAUCCAGCAGUUUAAUUAUACAGCGCACCCUUAUAUUUUGCCGAAUUUCAUGGGACUUUUUGAAUGGAGCAUUCCAUUUGUGAUAGAAAAAGUGCUUGAAAUGAUAAAAACUGUAAUUAAGCCAGCAAAUGAAAUUGAAGCAAAAAGAGGAGCUGAUGUAGGCGAACAGGUAAAAAAACUGCAAGAGGAUGUCAGAGAGGCGAAAGUAUAUCCAAAAAAAUUUUUUUCUAUUUAAAACACAUUUCAAAAGGGAUUUUCUAUAAAAUUUAUAAUAUAAAAAUCCUUUAUGAUACCAAAAUUUCUUAUUUUGUAUAGAAAUUUUCAGGAACAAAGUUAAAGCGGUUACAAAGAUGAUCAAGAUGUUUAAGACUCUCAGAGAAGAAAAAGAAAUCAUUAUGCAAUUGAAAGGGCUGUGCCCUGAUAAUAAAGUACCGAGAGGGCUGCUGCUACAAGGAAGAGAAGCGAUUCUAGGAGCAGUUGACUCGUUUUCACAAGCCAAAACUUGGGAUAUAAUAAAUGAAAAAAGACCAGACUAA